AUGACAAUCACUCUCGCCCUUGGACUAACUCUAUGCGCCCUAUAUGCGCUGCUCAAGUUGUCUGAUGUGUUCUUUCCGCGAUAUUUCCACGCAAAGCUUUACUAUGCGCCCUCAACUUUUCCUGUACUCGUGAAGAGUCCAAUCAAUACAAAGGAGGACCGUGAAGAAUCCCUGCGACACUUUGUGGAGACGCGAUGUCCCAGCUUGCACAAGGAGUUCCGGCCUGCGUGGUGGUUGUUCAGCGGGCAUCUCCAAACAGGAUACUCAGUUGUAGGGGACUUCUCCAAGGUUGAUAAAGUAGACUACGAAAGGACGACCUUACGAACGCUGGAUGGCGGCACGAUCGGCCUAGACUUUGCACCGCUCGAGCAUGAUCGCAAGCUGAAGGAUGACACGCCUAUCGUCGUGGUAAAACAUGGAUUGACAGGUGGUUCGCACGAGGCGUAUGUCCGCGCCGUCCUCGCACCCGUAUGCGCGCCUGUGGAAGAAGGCGGUCUGGGAUACCGAGCCGUCGUCUGCAACUUCCGCGGAUGUGCCGGCGUGCCAAUUACAAGCCCGCAAUUGUAUUCCGCAGGACACACAGACGACCUGCGUGUAGCAGUCUACUAUCUGAGGAAGAGAUACCCGCGUGCUCCUCUCCUGGGCUUGGGAUUCUCGCUCGGCGCCAACGUCCUGACACGAUAUCUGGCGGAAGAGGGCGAGAACAGUCGCAUCGUCGCUGCAUGCCUUCUUGCCUGCCCGUGGGACCUACUGAAGAACAGUGAAGCUACCGCCUUCAGCCUGGAAGGCAGGUGGUUCCACCGCACGGUCUACUCCAGCGCGCUCGGCACGAACCUGCAGAACAUCGUGCGGCGCCACGCCGCGUCGCUGAGCAAAUUUGCCGACACCACCGUCGCGCAGGCCGUCGCGCCGCUGCUCGCGCUCAAGGGGCCCACGAUGGAGGCGUUCGACAGCACGUUUAACCGGUUCGCAGGCGGGUCGUCCCCGCCGUUCCCCUUCCCGAGCGCGCAGGCGUACUACGUGUGGGCGUCGAGCCACGACAAGCUGGGCGCGGUGCGCGUGCCGCUGCUCGCGCUGAACGCGGAGGACGACCCGAUCGUGCAGGUGCUCCCCGUCGGCGGGGGCGGGAACCCGCGCGUCGUGUUCGCGGUGACGCGGCGCGGCGGGCACCUCGGGUGGUUUGAGGCGGGCGCGCGGGCGGGCGAGGUGCGGCGCUGGUUCAGGGAGCCGGUCGUGGAGUGGCUGCGCGCGGUUGGGGAGGACAUGGUGCUGGGCGAGCGCGCGGGGAGACCGCUGCACGAGGAGGAUGGAUACCUGAAGGAGGAGGGGAGGGAUAAUAUUGGGUGCAUGGAGGUGGAGGUGGGCGGGCGUGUUGUGGGUGUUGAGGGUCAGGAAAGUGUUCUUGCUGGUUUAUCGACUGUGCUGUGGUCCCUGAGAUGGAGAUUCCAGAAUACGGAUGGCAUUCUUGGCACCCGCCAUGUCAUGGUACGAGUUGUCCCAGCCAUAGCAUCUGUGGAGACUCAGGCUUGGAAGUCACAUUCAGUGGCCGACACGAAACACGGCAAACAGGAUAAUGGAAUAUUAUCGGAUGCACGGCGAGACACAGUGACUGCAGAGGCCAUCCUGAUGAUCAAGAGUCAUUCCGUACGUGUGCCAUCCGUCUCUGUGGACCAUCACGCGAAGUGCAAUGCUCGCACUGAAGGAGGCCUUCUGCGGCAGCAGACUGUGUCGUCCAUCAAGUUGAUGACCGGACUGGCCCCAGGAAGAGGCGGUUGGAUGGCGAGCGUUCGCGCGUGCGUCUGCAAUGGACGCGUCGAAGACAGAUCGAAGGUCGUAAGAGGGACACCACGAGGCACGUCCUUGUCGAAGGGAACGUGUCACGACUCACCCACCGAUAACUGGGCUCUGCGGGUGUACGGAACGCUCGAAAAGCGUCUGAGGGUGCUCUUCCGUGUCCCAACCAUGGCAUUAUUAAAUCAAGAAAUUCCACUCGUAGGGAUCCAUUUCAGCCAUGGGAUUCUGCCAGAUAACAUCAAUGAAAGGCACUUCGCGAUGUGA